AAAACUCAUCUAACUGAAAUCGUGAUAUGUGGUCAUUAUAACAAGCGAAUCACACGUUUCUUCAUUCUUCUUCUUCUUCAUAUCUCCCUUGGUCACAACCUCUAAACUAUUCUGCAGACAGAAAAAGUUAUGGCAACUUCUUCGAUCACUAUCCCGACCAUGAGAACUCCGAUUCAUCGAUCGAAAUUUCUAGGCCAAACCCAUCAAUUCUCAACUGCAAACCAGUCGAUUUUCCCGCCUCCGAAACAGCAAUCAAAAGUUUAUCAAGUAAAGGCCAUGGGUAAAUUCAAUCUAUGGGAGGUGAUGGGAGGAAGAGGAUUAUGCAACGGAGAGAAAGGUAUUGAGAAGGAGCUCAAGAGGAACAUUGAAGACGGGGAAGACACAUCAAAGGCUGAUGAUAACGAGACGGAGAAAGAGAGCGAUGACAGUAACUUGUCGUUUAAAGUACCUGAAGGUGGUUUUGACAAAGAGAUGAUGGGUCUCACAGGAGGAUUUCCCGGUGGCGAAAAGGGAUUGCAAACGUUCAUUGAAAAGAACCCACCACCUCCUCCGACGCCACCACCUGCAAAACGAGGAACCGAUGCAUCUGCAGUUGUUACAGAUAAGAAGCCGAAAGCGCCCGAGCUACCCCUUCUCAUGCCGGGGAUGAUUGCUAUAGUCAAGAACCGGAACAGCCCGUAUCACAUGUAUUGUGGGAUUGUGCAGAGGAUCACUGAUGGAAAAGCUGGUGUCUUGUUCGAAGGAGGAAACUGGGACCGUCUCAUUACUUUCAGGCUUGAAGAGCUCGAGCGAAGAGAGAAAGGUCCACCGGGUAAGAAUCCAAAGUCUUGUAUUCUUGAGCCUCUUAUCGAACAGAUGCAAAAGGACGAGGCAGCACCAUAAGUGAUCUUCUCUUCUUUGUAUGUAAGUUCCUGUGAAUGUAUAUGUAACGUACGUACCUUUGCGUUUAGGCUACGAGAUUUCUGACUGGUUCUAAAAGAGCUUCAUCAUGUGAUAUAAGAAAUAAUAAACGAUGAAUUUCAAC